CUCGAUUCUUUUGAUAGACCAACCACAUCACAAAGAACAGUCAAAACAACCAGUCCCGGCCUUGCGAUUUCAUCAAAGAAGGAAAAGAAAACCAGCCCUGCACACGAUUGCAACUUAGCCAACCAGCGGUACAACCACGACGUCUACCGACAUUCCCAAACCAUCAUCUAUCUUCACAAUGCAUUUUGUCAAGUCCAUUUUCCUUCUGGGCCUUCUGGCGGUCCAGUCUCUGGCAGGGCCCGUUCAUGUUCCCCGGACUGAGAGGAACUCGGCUCUUGCGGCCUAUGUUGCGGCUCGUGAUGAGCCCGUUGGGAAGAGAGCCGCACCCCCUGCAGACUUUGUGAAUUGGCCAGCUGGUGAGGUGGUCGACAUGAGCACGCAUGGUUCAGCCCGUCGCGGAGAGACACUCAAAACCGAUGGUCUUGCGAGUUGCAUCGCCGUGGUGGUUUUCAACCAGGAAGCCCAAGACGACGACAACGACAAGUUCCUUGCCCACAUUUCCGCUGUCGACUGGCAGGCACAGCUGAACAGACUGUACGAGGCCACAGACCUUUCCAGCCCGCGAGUCAGGAUCUUCGUUCCCCGUCCCGUGGAGGGCCCAAUGUACGACAUCCAGAAUUCCGUUAACGAGGACGUCAUCUCGCAUAUCAACGGACAGUGGGGUGAAGACUACAGCAUCGAUGUCAAGAUCCGGGACGGGAGCCGUAACGAUGAAGUUGGGGGUUCACGCCUGUGGAUCGACGGAAACAACAACGUCCACUGGAGCGUUACCGGGCAGAUCAUCUGA